CCUCCAAUAAGAUCUCCAUCCCCAAAAUGGCGCCAUCAAGAGCCUAUGUACCAUCAAGAGCCCUUUUACGCGCCCUUUCACGACCUCAACCGCUGCGAUGUCCGUUCGCGCGCCCUCUCCCCAUCCAACUCCUGCGCGGCAAACGCACAAAAGCAGCGAAACUCGACAACUCCAACGUAAAAGAGGCGGGGAAAGCCAAACACGACAUCAUACUCGACCCCAAGAUUCCCGGCAUAAAACCGCUCAGAUUCUUCGACUCGGACGCAGAUGUAGACAAGGCAAUGCGGCCGUUGCCCGACUCCGAGCUCGAGGCGGAUGACAUGCCUGUCAUAAACUGGUAUGAGCAGGACUUGGACAAGGGCGGGCCGCGGCGUCUGAUACAGCGCAUAGCAACGCCGGAAGACCGCAAGAAGGACAAGGAGAUGUUCCUCAUGAUCGAGGAGUCGGCGACGAACCCGGACUACGACGACGCUGAGCUGAACAAGCGCCUGAUGGACAGUCUGAUGUCGAAUCCGAACUUUGCCGACUUGACGCAGGAGCUGAAGGAGAUUAAGCAGGGCAUCAAGACGAAGGAGGAGAUUAAGGUGCUGGAUGAGCAGGCGGAGAAGGAUGCCCAGCCGGAGAUCAAGCAGUUCAGCGCGGGUCUGCGCAUGGCGACACAUCAGGCCAUUCAGGACCUGAUUGACGAUCCGGAUGUUGGCGACGCCAAGGCUGAGCUGCGAGAGGUGCUCGACAAGAUGCCGGAGAUGGAGGACAUCGAAAAUCCUGAGUUCCAGGCCGCGCUGGACAAGGCGAUGAGCAAGCUGAGCGGCAACGAGGCGCUCCAGAAGAAGAUGGCCGCCAAGGCAGACGACGUGACAGACACAGACUUUGACAAGGAGUGGACUCAAUUCGAGACCGACGUCGACGACACCAUCAAAGAAGGUGAGAGCGACGACUCGGACCUCGGCUCCAACUCCCUCGAGGACCUCGAAGACGUCGACAAGCUGCUCUACCAAAUGCGCGACGUCCUCAAGUCCCUCGGCGGCGACAGCCAACUCGAAGCCGAGCUCGAACGCGAACUCGACGCCGAGCUCAGCGACGAUCCAGAAUCCAACGACGAAGCCAUAUUCGAGCGCGAAAUGGACCCAGAGGAGCUCGCCGAAGAGCUCACAAAGCUCGCCGCAUCCUCCAAGCCCCCCUCGACGCCCGAGUCCACGGCAGAAGACAACAUCCCCGCAGACCUACAAGCCAAAGUCGACAAAAUAAUGGACGACCCCCGCCUCAUGGAAAAGCUCACCUACAUCCAAAAACUCAUCUCAGAAUCCAAACAGUCCCCAAACGACCUAACCACAAUCGCCCACGAAGUCGCACCCGACCCCCUCAUCCUCGACCCCGCCCGCACAACAACACUCAAACAGCGCAUCGCCGCCGUCCGCGAAGACCCGGAACACACCGCCGCCCUCGACAACCUCCGCGUUACCCUGCUCCCCCCCUUCAACAUCUCGCCCGCCCUCAAGUCCUUCAACCAGGCCAUCGAACUCGCGUAUAUCGGCGCAAACGAUGAUAUUCGUCGGAUUCUGUGGCGCGCGUACCAGAAGGCGCGCGAGCUGCCGACGUUCUUGCAGAAUGUUAGUGACGAUGCGUGGGAUAUCUUGUAUUACUCGCAGGCGGUUACGUGGGGGAGCAAUCAGAAUCGGGAGAGCCAUUUGAGGGUGCUGUUGGGUGAUUUGAGGAGUCUGGGCAGGGAGGGGCCGCCGACGCAUCCUGGUUCGCUUGUUAAUAGGGGAGAGGGCGAGGGGGUGGAGGAGUGA